AUGUUGUCUCUGGAUUCGCUAUUUGUAGUGGCAACUCUUGUCACCGGAUCCAUCGCGAAAGGCACAACUUGCGAAAGUAACCAGGUUGUUGUUUGCAAGGGCAAUGGAAAUGGCGGUCUUUUUUCAUUGGGAAACAUUGCUCCAGGCCUACUUGGUGACAACUGUUCCGGGGGUGAUGUUUACUGUUGUUCUGAGGAGGAUGUUGAACAGAUUGGUUUGGUCAACCUUGAUCUGAAUCUGCAGUGCAGCCUGAACCGGGUCUUAUAA